AUGUAUGUUUUCGACGAGUCGACUAGUCCUUUCGUUGCUUUAAGCCACGGGUAUGUCAUGAUCCAACCUGAACCCAUCAACCCAACGAGGCGGGUGCGGCUGUGGCUGGGGACGUACAAGACGGAGGAGGAGGCCACGAUUGUUUACAAUAAUGCCGCGCUCAAGCUGCGUGGACCAGAUGCUCUGAGGCCGCCGGGUAGGGAUAAAACGGAGAUCAACGUGACGUUGGUCUCCGGUUAUACGAGUCGGGAGAGGAGUGUAAUAACGUCAUAUCUUCUCCUACUUCGGUACUGCGGUUCAGGACUCUUUCCAAUGAUCGAUGCCGAACCGGUUCAAGAGGCCACAGGCGAAAAGACGCUACUAAUAAGGAUCAUCAACCAGUACUUCAAACGAGGCAAUGACUGCUGUGUACCGGUCGAGACGAAGACCAAACCAAGUGGGCAAACGGUUCAAGAAGUUGUUCAGUGUCGCGGUGAAACUAAUCCAUGGCCAUUACGAAAUGAAUGGCUAGGAAGCUAA